GUUUAUAUCUUCAGCUCGUAAACAGUAACAGUCUGGGUGAGUGAGUGUCAUUAUCUCAUUAACUACUCUACGAAACGAUAACUUAGUUUAGUAAUGUACAAUAACAAUACAGGGAAGGUGAAUGCUGUUGGAAUGACUUUACUGUAAGUGGAUGACUGUUGUUGUCUGCAGUGUGAAGAAACUCAGAGAAUUAGCAUCUUUCCUGUAAAUUCCUCCGAUAUCAUCAAAAUAAAAAAAAAUGAUUUGUAAGGCCAUAUCACGGCGCCCGUCCACAGACAUGCUGCGGAGGGAAAUUCGCAUGAGAAGGUACCGGCAGUUUCUUCUCCUGAGUACUGAGGUACAAGACCCUGGAGACCCACUCUCAAAAUACAGCACUCAAGAAUUCCAAGAAAUAUACAGACUAUCGAAGGAGUUGUUUUGUGAGCUUCUUAACAUGAUCCAGGGAGAUCUGGAGCGCUCUGACAACCGUGGCCGACCUCUUCCUGCUGUCUACCAGCUCUUGAUUGCCCUUCACUUCUAUUGCAGUGGCUCAUAUCAGAAAGUAGUAGGGGAUCAGCACGGAUUGCAAGUGAGUCAGCCCACAGUGUGUCGAACCAUCCAUCGAGUGUCAGAAGCUCUGGCCAAGCGUUACAGUCAGUUUGUCACUUUUCCAUCUGUUGCAGAGUCUGCUGAUGUACAUGCUAAAUUCUAUGAGGUAGCUCAGUUUCCUAAUGUUAUUGGUGCCAUCGACUGUAUCCACAUGCGGAUAUCCAACCCUGGAGGUGCAAUGGCAGAACAGUGCAAGAACAGUAAAGGCUGGUAUUCAGUGAACUGUCAGGUGGUGGUCGGCCCUGACCUAAAAAUAUUGACUGCCAUUGUCCGAUGGGGAGGAAGCGUACCUGACUGGCAGAUAUACGAGAAUUCCAGACUAAAACAGGUUUUAGAACAAGGUGAGUAUGGUCACCUCGUUGGGGACUCCGCAUAUCAAUGUCAGCGCUACUUGUUGACUCCAGUCAUCAACCCCAUGACACAAGCAGAAAAGUGCUACAAUCGUUCUCAUUCCUCAACCCGGAGAAAAGUGAAGCGAGUCUUUGGAAUGGUAAAAAGGCGCUUCCAGUGCACAAGCCAAGAACUAAGGUCCAACCCCAAAACUUCUUGUGCAAUAAUUUUAAGUUGUUUUGCAUUGCAUAAUUUUGCCCUUGAGCGACAAGGGCCUCCUGAUGAUUCAGAAGCCCUUUAUGCCCCUGAUGAUGGUCCUCAGGAUAGGUUUACUGGAGAUGAUGACCCUGAAGGGGAAUCAUAUCGUCAGCAUAUAAUAUAUGAAUGGUUCAGCCACGAACCAUCAGGAGUUCCCCAUCAACCAGACGAUGGUAUGUGUGAGACACAAGGUUGGUGACCAGUAUCCAUCACACACACUGGAGGAUUUAUCAACUAUAGUUGUCGUGUUAUAAAUUUUUGCCUGGCGUGGAAGUAGCCAUCAAUGGCUCUCAUAUAAACCCCAUCCCAUCUGCAGUGUCCAAUUUAUGACACUUUGUUUUCUUCUGAACAUCUAAAGAAUCUUAAAAGAGCUGCAAUAUAAUUUUCUAUCACUAGAUAAUAGUUCCCUUAGUAUUGUAUAUAUGAUUCUCAUCUUAAACAUUGUUGACAAGUGGCAGAAGUUAGAAUUUUUCAAAUAAUUUUGUAUUAGUGUUAUUAAUUAUUUUAUAACAGGCAAAGCCCUGAAUUAUGCAACUUGUUUGUGGAGAUAAGUAUUGAAGUACUGUACAAUAUACAGUAACUAUUU